AUGAAUAGUUUAAUUAAAUCAUUCACAAAAUUAUCAACCAAUUCAGUUGCAAUCAACAAUGUUGUUAAUAAAAGAUAUAUGAGUAAAGUUAUAGAUUCAGUUUUUAUUCCAAAAGAAAUUGGUCUCAAUCAAAGACGUCCACAACUCCCACAACCAACCAAUGCAAGAAAAUUAACCAAUAAAAGAAAUCGUCAAAUUAGACAAAACUUAAAAUUAAAAAAUCACCAAAAACCAAUCACUGAUUGGAGAUUGGCCCCACCAGCACAUUUACCAAAAUUCAACCCAGAAAAUGUUCAACCAAAGAAAGAAUACAUCACCUCUGAUAUGUUUGAGGAUACUGCUUUUGGUUAUAAACAACGUAAACAUCAAAAACUUUUAGAAAAACACCAAGAAGAAAAGAGAAUUUAUGCCGAAAUCAAACAAAAACGUUUAAAAAGACAUGUCGAAGCUAUUAAUAAAGAAUUUGAAAGAAAACAAUCAAAAAAUAAUAUAUAA